AUGAUCUCCGACGACUGCAUCAAGUUGACCGGAGAUGUCGACGUUGAAUUUCCUCCCCAAACCCUGGAGGCACGAGCCGCAUCCAUCGCCGUGGCGGCAGUGGAACAUUCCUCCCCAAUCGGACCAGAGACCCUGCGAUACGGUGGUACAUUAGCGUUCCACCGGGCCAAACCAGAGCGGCACACUUCGAUCGACUCGCCUGGAUUUGACUCUGAGAUGCUUCGUUUUGCUCCGCAAGUGGAUGGUCUGCCAAGCAAAGGGACACCGGAGGAGGAGCUGCCAAGAUGGAGGGCGGGGGCAUAG